CAGUGCCGCAUGGGCUUGUGCGCUAGACACUUCUUUUACUCUACACACUAGACACGGAUCAUAACAUAACAUAGUCGACGUAAACACGGACCGGCGAGCAUCGGCGAAACUUCUCGACACUCGACCAAUGAACGAUGAAAAGGCUCCGUUGAACGAAAGCGGUAUUAUCGUCAGCCUCGAUGCUUCGUAUUUAACGUUAUAUUUUUCUAAUACCCGAGCCGAGGCACACGCGUCGUGUGUCGUAGCUGCGUAGUCCGAGACUCCCAUCGGGAGUAAACACGGCAUAAAUUAAAUUCCAAGGUGGUUCGGAGUGGAAACAGCAGUGCCGUACGAUUGUAAUCGCCUCGUCUACCCGCGGCGAUUACCGCAUUCGUAAAAGCUUGUUUAAUUUUUUCGCGCGCAUAUCCAUGCAUCCUCGCUCCUCGAGGGAGGUUUAAAGUUUAAAGGGACAGUGCGCGGUCCGCGUUUAAACCGCGGAAUCCCGACUCACCGGGGGAAAGGAAAAGGAAUUAAAACAAAGUGACUGUAGUUUGAACGUGCAUUUUUAUAUCAUCGUAAAAGUGUAAAAGUGAAAACUUUGCCGGAUCGUUAUCCACAUGCGGUUCUUUCGAUCGUUUUAUACACCGUAAAAAGACGAGGCGGCAGCCGACUCUCGACCUCCUAGGAAUGCUUAGCGGUACGUGUCGAGUAUUCCCGGCAUAAUCGUGACGAAAAUACCCAGUCAGCGAAUGCACGAGACGAUAAGUAACUAAAACGAUUUUUAAUCGCGGUACGAAUCCAAGAAAAACGAAGAGAAUUAACCUCGGCUCGAUAAUGUAAAGCUCGACGGGAUGCUUUUACCAAGGUUAAAAUGAAUACCGUAAUUACGUGAGUGCUUAUCAGUGUUCGUCGACGAUCAAGAUGCUGGCGCUUCGAUUGAUCCUGAUCUCCGUGACGUCUCUCCUUGUUUACUCCGAGGAUUCGACCACCUCCAUUCCGAACGACCUUCCGGCUCUGCUGACGGUAGCUUCGCAUCGUGACGAUACAGAUGCGUCCACCGAUCAUCACCGCCACGGACGAAUGUCGCUGCACGCUGAGCUGCCCGCGUCGAAAGCGAAGAGAGAACAAGCGCUCCGGAAUAUCCUGGCUGCAAAACGUCGCCAAGCCUUGGCGCAGCGUCCUGGCGAUCAGCUGCGAGGCGUGAGCGCGACUCGGCUGCGCGCCGAUGUGCCAAAGGAUGCGACCGACGUCCUGGAGGGCCAGGAGACCAGACACGGCGUCUACGUCGCGGCGCCCGGUGAAUCCAAGGUGGAGAUUGGGGCCCAGGAAGAAGCAUCGGAACCGUUAAUCGGAACUGCGGUCAGAAAAGCCGAAAGGGGUUCGAGCCUGAUGGAGGGUAGUGGAAAUCUGACAUCUAAGAAUUCUGAAUCCGGCAAACAGACCGCGGAGACGACGGAUCUCGGUCGUGACGACAGGACGACGGUUGGAACAGAAAUCAGACACAAAGCAUCGUCUGGCUUUUCGAGGAGCGGGCAUAUUUCUACGACUAGAAACGGUUCCCAGCAUCUGCAGAGGGUCGGCGGUGCUAAGAUCGCGUCCGGGAGCGAACCUGAUCCUCGAAAAAGUAGUAACAACCAUACAGUGAUGAUGUCCGACAGUCUGUACAAGCACUUCAGACCGGUGGAAAGCAACGUGCCGAUCGAAGAGAUGACGCAGUUUUUGUACUUCGGUCAAAAGCUCAGUCCUGAAACGCAGAAUACGACGAGCAGUAACUCCGUCGAAGUUACGCCGACGGUUUCCCCGGUUUCGAACUCGAGGAGACGCUUCGUCGGCAAGAGGCUCAGCACGACGACGACGCAGGUCCCGGUUCCCACCCUGGAGGAAAUCAUUAACGAGGAGAUGAACAUCGCGAUUGAGAAGCAGACCAUCGAGAGGAACAAGAUCCCGAACCUGAAGGUGCCCGCCUUCAGAAAUCCAAGCGCCAGCAGUCUCUACUACCGAAAACCACCGACGAAGCCCGCCGACCCGACGAUCGUCUCGAACGUGAUCGGGGCUCCGGAGACGAGGAACGCGUCGGAAAGCGACGCCGUCGCCAAGGGCGAGGGGCGCCCCGCGGACCCGUCCGCUCACGCAUCGUCGGUUGACCAGGUGCUCGGCGAGACGCCGGUCCAAGGGAAAGGGGGCCCAGCAUCCCACGAGGCUGGCGCAUCUGGGAAUGCAGCCGGGGAAGACGGCUCGACCCAGAUAUCGAACGAGACGAGGAAUCUCGGUCCCUCGGUCGCGACGUCGAGUGGCGGGGGGGAGACGGGGUACCAGGAGGAUUCAGGGUCCGUGGUAAACGGGCACGCGGUGGGGUAUCCUUCGGAAAAAGUGACGCUGACGAGUCCCAAGGACGACGAACCUCCGAGGAUGGCUUCCACCGCGACGACCGAUCACCCGGAAACAAGGCGAAGCACGACCCUGAGGAUAGUCGUCGGCGAAACCUCGACGUCGAAGGUCGGAGAGGAUCGCGGAAACCUGGCGCUUCCAGGUGCGGGCUCUCCACCUGUCGCUCUGCCGGCGCAACAACACGUGUACGCUUACACGAUAACCAACGUGACGCGGCUGUUGCGCAACUACUCCGGACCUGGGGUAAGCAGCAAGGAGGAAGGCGAGCAGCACCGGCAACAGGGACCCGCGCCACUCGGGACCGCCGAGAUAAGCGACGGCUCGUCGAGCGGUAUAGUGGCGACGCGGUCGCGGUCCGAUCUCAGUGCCGGCUCAGCGGCUGAAGGAGUUACAACUUUGGAGGGGGAGCAGAGCAGCGAUCGCAGUGGGGAUCACGGGCCCCGGUCAGACCCAGACGCAGCAUCCCGCGGUGAAACCUCGAUUCGAACGCCGCUCGAAGUAAACAAGCCUCGAAUACCGGACUCGGAAGCCGGUCAGAGGGACCAGAGUUCCGUUGGACCAGUUUCCGCCGAGUUUAGUGAUGAGAUAAACGCCCGGGACGUGGAUCAGCGCAUGCUGCUGAAAUCGGCCAGUGCAGUGUUGAACCAGAGACCCAGUGAGGAGCCGAUCGGCAAAGGCGCUCGUCACCGGAACCAACCUCGCAGGCAUAACUUUAGGGCGGAUCAACCAGGAUCAAAAAACCACAGGCGGCCACCGCCGGUGAGGAACGAGGAAGGUGAGCCGGAUUCGAUACAGUUUGCGCAUAGUGAAGAGACCGAUAAGUCGACAGCGGUUCGGUCGGAUACGUCGAAAACCUCUAAUGAGUCACUGCAUUCCAACCGACCCACGGGUAAUGUUACACAAAGUUACGAGGGGCCCAAAAGCGUAAAUGGGAAACGUAAUUUCGAGGAAAGUUUGGGACAAAUGACACCAGACAUGUUGGUGGAACAAUCACUGAGGAGAGACUCGGCCGUGACGGAUAACAACGCUGCUCCUGAUAUGCAGCUUUUGGAUGUCACUACGAAGCCUUCGGAAUCUCGGAACCUCACGCGGGUUGAGGAAAACUUUGACGGAUCGAAAGGAAACGGUGGUGACAAGCCUAAUGGUUAUAGCGAGGUCAGGGUGACUUCUUCCAAAAGUGAAAUAAGCGGUGGUAGUUAUUCUAAUAGUUCUAAUGACGGUGUUGCUAGCGAGCAGCCCGGUGAUAGGGCCCAGGUUCUUCGUGACGAUGCUUCCCAAGUGGAGGCGAGAGGUGGAACGAUUGAUCAGAGACCCGAACCGACCGCGACGUCGGGUAAAGAAACUGUAACAGUACAAAGUACAAUUCUACCGUCGCUUUUCUCGGUUACACCGAGGAUACUGUCGGCGGAAGAUGUGCCGGCGGAGAAAAAGGGGAACGCGGUCACCGUCGAGGAGUCGGUCACGCAGGUUCCAGUUAUCAGAACGACGAAUCUCAGUGAGGCGAAUCGGCCCUUCGGGAUUGCCGAGGAUCUGAGCCCGUCGGAGAUCCAACAGAUGUACAGGUCGCCGAACACGGUAAGACCCGAAGUGACGACGAUCCCGAACCCAGAAGUACAAACGUCGGAGGAAGGCGAAGGUGAAGGUGAAGGCGGAUCGCCGUCGUUGGCGGUCACAAAACCGAACGGUUCUCGAUCCGGGGGAAAUUUGAACGGUCAAGGAACCGUGAGCGUGGAGAGAUCGCCGGAAGUCAGAGGCAGGAACUUAUCGGACAAGUCGAGAGACAAGGACAACGUCCUGCCCAUAAUGCACCUGUACAAUGGAACGUCGAUCUUCAACGGAACCAGUUCUCCUGCCUCGAGGUCGUCCUCCCACGGAAUUGAAACUCUGCCCGUAAUACUUCCGGUCGCCGGGCAAGAGGGACAACGAGAUGAAAAAGGGCCGAGCUCGGUUACCGCGACUUCGCCUGCAACCGCAGGUUCACUACCUGAUGUGGAAACGGCAAAAAGUAAGGCUCACGAGCAUCCUCCUCCUCCGGCCGGCCGCAAUCCCGGCGCCCAACGACUUCCUGAUUCCUUGUCGAACAAGCCAGACAAUUCAACCCGGCACCGGGCAGACCAGCCGGCACCUCACGAACCCGGAGAACCCUCGUACUCCAACCGAGGAAGCGGCCUGGCGAGUGCCGGUGUCGGUACAAACCGAACUCGACACCAGUGGCAAACCCAUCAAACCCCCGUGCCCAUGUUCAAUUCCUCGACGUUUGAUCCUGCUGUGAACAGGACGUACCUCGCCUCCGAAGGCGACACGGUCGCCACUCAGGAGACGGUGGCCGUCGUCAGCUACAUCCUGGCGACCCUCGUCGUCUUUCCAAUAGCCGUUGGCGUCGGACUGAUCUUAAGAAGACUGAUUAUUAGAAAUCGCAAGAUGCUGGAAGAGUCGGAUACGUCAUCGGAGAUAAGCUGUAGGAAAGACGGUCUGAAUCUGGAGAAGGGAGACUUCAAGACGUCGAUCGAAAAGGCGAUAACAAAACUACCUCGGAUACAGCACCUGUGUCACGAGGGAGAAAAACCGCCUCCACCUCCGAGCCAGGAAUCCAGGUGGGAAUUCCCGCGAGACAAACUUCGGCUGCAGACGGUCCUAGGUCAAGGAAACUUCGGGCAGGUAUGGAAAGCCGAGGCCGACGACCUCACCGGUCACCAGGGCACGACGCGGCUCGUCGCCGUUAAGACCGUCAAGGAAGGCGCGUCCUCGAGGGAGAAGGAGGACCUCGUUCGGGAACUCGAAAUCAUGCAGCAGUUGGGCAAUCAUCCGAACGUCGUCACCCUCCUCGGCUGCUGCACGGAGGAAGAACCCCAUUACCUUAUAUUGGAGUACGUUAUGUACGGAAAACUGCUCGCCUAUCUUCGCGAUCAUCGGACCAGACAAGACUUUUACAAUUUUAGCGAAGAUUCCGCGGCUCUGACUUCCCGAGAUCUCACCGUCUUUGGCUACUGCGUUGCGAGGGGCAUGGAGUACCUGGCUUCGAAGAAGAUUAUCCACAGGGAUUUGGCCGCUAGAAACGUGCUGGUGGAUCACAACAAACUCUGCAAAAUAGCCGACUUCGGUAUGUCGAGAUUUGCCAACGAGGACGGUGAGAUUAUAGAAACGAGACACGGCAGGAACGCUCUUCCCAUCAGAUGGAUGGCCCCGGAAUCUCUUAUCUAUUCACUUUUCACCACGAAAACGGACGUCUGGAGUUUCGGGAUCCUGAUGUGGGAAAUCGUGACUUUAGGUUCUACGCCGUAUCCUGAUAUGACGGCGAGAGAAGUGAUGCGGAACGUGCAGAGCGGAUAUCGCCUAGAGCGGCCUUCGCACUGCCGAAGCGAACUCUUCAGGGUGAUAUCGAGGUGCUGGCAGGCGGAUCCGGACCGAAGACCCGAGUUCCAGGUCCUCCGAAGGGACCUGGCGCAACUCCUGGAGGACAACAUGAACGGACACUACGUCGACUUGGAAAGCUUCGCCUCCGAGUGCACCGACUGAAACGACAGGCCGACUUCCAGGGGUUGAUCCGGACGAAGUUGCACCUUUGGUUCUUCACGCGACUCGUUAGUCCGUGCCUCCGCUCUCUUCGCGAACGCGUCCGGUGUUAUUGGAAGUGAAUUUUGUUUGAAUCUUCGUACCGUUUCUUUGCGAGCGUUCGGAAGAGAGUCUUGAGGUUCAACGGAUUCGAGACGAGUGGUUUUACCGUUGUUUUUCUUUUUUAUGACGAUCAAUCGGUCUAUUCGGGGUGACGGAAGCUUUUGGAAGAGCGAUGAAACGUCGGUCACUCUCGUCCUCUUUUUUUCUUCUGAUUUUCACCUCGUUUAUACAUAUCAUACUUCGAUGCUAUUUUUCGCCACGUGUUCUCUUGAAAAUUUUCACCUUGCCAUUGGACUAGUGUCCGCAAUUACACUGCUGUCUUUUUUCGAACCGUUAUACUUGCUCAUAUAUAUUUAAUUUAAUACCCAAAAGCACCCGUGAAGCAUCUAAAAUUCGUUACGACGAACGUAGUGAGAAAGUCGUGAUUUUUGUUAUUCUUUUUGAUUUUUUAUUAUUUUUUUUUUCUUUAAACGUUGAUAUUAAAAUAUCAUUCCAAGAAUCAAAAGUCACUGUACUUAAGGAGGGAAUAUUUUUCGUGUGUUAUAGUGAUAAUUAAUAAUUAAUAAAUAUGGUGUGAGACGUAUUUAGGGAAGGAAGAAAAAGGCUGCCUGUUUAUAGAGUUUUCUGUGGAUUUGAGGAUGUUUUUAUGCUAGAGAGCUUGACAAAAUAUGAGUAUUCUGUUUUUAGUAUUAUAUUAUAAGUAUGUUAUACACUACAGUAUAUGAUAAAAGUUAAGUAGUCCUUCUGGUGAUGUAGUCGCCAUUUAAUCGAUAUACAUGUUUACGUCGAUGAGUUUUUUUUUUUUUUUAUGUCAAAUAAUCAUCAAAUUAUGAGACAUUAUUAUGCCAGAGUGCAAUUGCAAGUGAUAGUAUAAAAUAUUCUAAUCUACGUUAUUCCACUUUGUAGAAUGUCACGUAUAAUUUAUUCUUCGCUGUGAGCUCAUCUGGCAUCGCAUGCAAAGUAUUCUUAUAAAGAUUGAAAAUAACAAAAACAAAAAAUAACACAAAACAAGGAACUGCAAAAGCAAAGCAAAAAGAAAAAAGAAAAAAAACAAAACAAAAACCUGUAAAUAUAUAAUAUCGCCAAUCAAAAACACAAAAAUAUAAAGUUUUCAUGUUAUUCUUAUUAUUCAGCUCUUAGAUCCGUAAUUGUAUGAGAUAAGUUUACAUUUUACAAUUAUUCUUAAUCAUUCUAGUCUUUCGACAAGUUUGUGGCGGCGAUUGGCUGUACCCUGAUCACUAAUAUACAUAUAUUUUACAAUUUAGAGGAAAAAAUUUGCGAUACAAAAAUUAAUAACCCAAGAGUCAUGAUCUGGAUUCGGCUGUUAUUAUUUAUAAUGCGUCAGAAAAAUUAUUCAGAUGUAGUAAUAUAUCCAUAUCUUAUUCGUCCGGGUGUCUAAUAAAUUAAAAUCAUAUAUAUAAUUCGUAUAUGUAUUGAUUAAAAACAUUAAGCCAGCCAAAGCUCCACCUUUGUCAGUUGAUAUGUAAUUAAUUAAGUUUUUACAACUGUGACUUCUCAGUGUAUUUUUGCAUUAAUUUAUUUUUACCAUCAUAUUUUCAUUCCUUUUCUUAUCAUAAUUUUGUUGUUUUAUUUUUUCUCUCUUCACUUUCGUUUUUAAAAAUAUCGACGUCACGUACAUCACGCGAUACGUUGAUUUGAAAAAUUGUUAUUAAAUUUCUUCUUCAUACCUCCGCGCGAGCUGCAAUAGCAAGAAUCGCGCAUCACUCGCAUGUUAUACACACCUACCUACAUAUAUAUAUAUACAUAUAUAUACAAGUAAAGAAACUCUACUUAGUCUCAAUUAUUGUGUACUGAGCAUUGUUCAAGUUAAAGCUAUCGUGUUUUCAACGUA